GGUUUACUGCGUUGUAGCCCAGUGGGCUAAAACAAAAAAAAAAAAAAUACACUUUGGUAGUUGGCCGCCAAUGUCUGGUGUCUCACAAAUCUCGUGAAGCGCACAGGAGGAUCCGUCUCUGGAGAAACACUUUAAAGGCCAUCGAGAUGCCAUCACUAGUGUGGAUUUCAGUCUCAAUAAGAAGCAAUUGGGUUCAGGCCAGCAGCUGCAGAUCAAGAGCAGUGCUACAAUCCUACAUAGCAAGUGCUGUGAGUACAGCACUUCUAUGAAUGAAAAUGCAGGCAGGAAGACUCAAAAUGUUUGAGUGAGCAAGUGGCUCUAUGGAUUCGUGCUUGAUGAUCUGGAGUAUGAGACCGCAAAUGAGAGCCUAUCGCUUUGUGGGUCACAAAGAUGCAGUGAUGUGUGUUCAGUUUUCACCUUCUGGCCAUCUGGUGGCCUCAGGCUCCAGAGACAAAACUGUCCGUUUAUGGGUUCCAAAUGUCAAAGGAGAAUCUACUGUGUUCAAGGCUCAUACGGCAACUGUAAGAAGCGUUCAGUUCUCCAGUGAUGGACAAUCCUUGGUUACAGCUUCUGAUGACAAAACGGUCAAAGUAUGGACAGUUCACAGACAGAAAUUUCUCUUUUCCUUGAGCCAGCACAUAAACUGGGUUCGCUGUGCCAAAUUUUCUCCUGAUGGAAGACUAAUAGCUUCUGCCAGCGAUGAUAAAACUAUCAAACUAUGGGAUAAAACCAGCAGAGAAUGUAUACAUUCUUUUUGUGAGCACGGUGGGUUUGUGAAUCAUGUGGAUUUUCAUCCCAGUGGUACGUGCAUUGCUGCAGCUGGUACAGAUAACACAGUGAAGGUGUGGGAUGUUAGGAUGAACAGACUCCUCCAGCAUUAUCAAGUACACAGUGCUGUGGUAAAUUGUCUUUCCUUUCACCCCUCUGGAAACUACCUCAUUACUGCCUCCAAUGAUUCAACCCUUAAAAUUCUGGAUUUACUAGAAGGAAGGCUGCUGUAUACUCUUCAUGGUCAUCAGGGGCCAGCUACCUGUGUUGCCUUCUCAAGAACUGGGGACUUUUUUGCUUCUGGAGGGUCAGAUGAACAGGUGAUGGUAUGGAAAACUAACGUUGAUGCUGCUGAUUAUGGAGAUGUAUUGAAAACUCAGAAGUAUGCCACUAAUGUAACAGGAACUCUUCACAAUCUGCAAUCAGAAAUGGAUUGCGGUGAUCCUCCUAAGAAAAACAAAACACAAGAAUCUGCCAGGAACCAGCACCAGCAAGAGGAGGAGACAAGUCUUGCAGAUACCCUAGAGCAUAUUGUGGGACAGUUAGAUGUUCUUACUCAGACUGUUUCCAUUCUGGAGCAAAGACUGACACUGACUGAAGACAAGCUGAAGGAGUGUCUUGAGAAUCAGCAGAAGCUCAUGCACAGUAAAGGGAAUUGAUUCCACGAGGGGCUGAUAAAGCCAGAGUUGUCUGGAGGCUUGGGGUUUUGUUUGUGUGUUUCUAAUACUUUGGGUGAAUCAUUUUUAACAGAUGGAAUCACUUAUUUUAUUAAAAUAAAAUGUACAGCCAAUGGCAUCUGUAAAUACACAUUUUUGUUACUGUAAGAAUAAAAUUCUCUUAUUUCACUAAACACAGCUAACAAUUGGUGAUCCUUUGAGUUAACUCCCCGUUGAACAGAGGCAGUGCUAGCCCAAGGGGGGCCCUAAGCAGGAAUAUUUUUUUGCCUUCACAAUACAUAAUAAAAUGCGAAUGGGGGCCCCUAUGAGCUGCUCGGGGCCCUAAGCAAUUACUUAGCGCUGGUCUAUACUAGAAUCACUACAGCAGCACAGCUGUACCCAGGUAGCUGCGCCACGGUAACGCUGCUAAAGCAGAUGCUGUAUGCCGACGGGAGAGAGCUCAUCGGCAUCCUGUCGGCAUCAUUACUCCACCUCCCCGAGUGGCAGUAGCUUAGGUCACUCGGGUGUGGCUUAUUCACACUCCUGAGCGACGUAAGUUAUACUGAAGUAAGCGCUAAUGUGUACAAGCCCGAAGUCCGCUUAUGCCUUGUGCUGGCACUGUUGAGGGCACAAGUAUUGUAUGUGGAGUGUAGGGGAGGGGAAGAUCUGAACUUCUCAGAGCUGCUGCUGAGUUAAACUAGUUAAUCUGAGCAUUUGGGGAAUGUGAAGCAACUGGGAAGUGCUGUGCCAGAUUUGCUGAUCUAUUGUUGAGGUGUCUGCGUGCAUGCUGGGGUGUUUGCUCCCAGGCAAAGAAUGCCCAAACUGUGGACGUGCACCUCUAUUCUAAAACUGUAGCAAGCGUCAGGGAACGUGACUCAUGCUUCUAGAAGGUUCUGCAUCACCAAGUCCCAAAUGGCUCCUAGAGAAUUUGAUGAAGAGCGAAUCUGAACGUCCUUUGCACAAAGGAUAUUGUAGUGUGUGGGAUCUACUCAUCUCUUAUGCAGUGUGUAGAGGGUGAAAAUAGCAGGGCCUAAGGCGAGAUGAGAGGCACCAGCUAGGAAGAGAUACAAUAUGGUCCUAAGCAACAUUCUCUUUAAUAUAUCUUGAUUCAUUUUUUUAAGAGAGUUGUGGGGAGGAGGAUAAAUAGCAGAACUGUUAGCGCAGCCUUUUACUUGCUUUCUCUUUCUGAGUGUCCCAAAUCAAUUUUAUCUUGAUAUUUUAUAGCUGGAAUGCCACUUCAGUUCAUUUUGAUAUCUUCCCCCCAUAGACUGUACGGUCAGGACUCUAUGUAUGUGUCCAGUAUGUGACUGCACAGGAGCCUACACUUCUGGGCCCCCUGCUUUGCUAAUACUCCUCCCAGCAUUCACCCAUGAGCUCUCCCUUCCCCCCACCCUCCCAUAAGUGCUUGUUGUAGUCACUACUACCUACCCACCUUGAGAAAUCAGCUGCAGGAGCCCCAGCCUCACCUGGUUGCUGGACUCCUCCUAGCUGCUGCAUUUCUGACCCUUUCAGUUGCACUGAUUCCCAGCCUCAUUCCUCUCCCACAUAGCUUCCAAAUCCUGCCAUCUCCAGAUGUGCUCUGGGCAUUAUGGAAGUUUGCCUGAGGCCUGGCUGGCAUAUCUGUUUUCACACAGGGCUAUGCAAAACCAGCCCUUUUCUUGCACCUGUUUCUGCAGAAGGCUGUGUCCCCCUGAAUUCUACAGAAACCUUGUAAAUCCGACUGAGAGCUGUUUAUUUCCAUCAGGAUAAAACUCUUUUCAUUGUCUCUCCCAGCACCAGAAAGUUCCUUAUCUCCUCCUAUGCAGGUGCUUCCCACAUCUCCAACUUCUUCUCGCUGGAGCUACCAUAAUAGAUUUCACUCCUUUUGGUUUGCAAGCAGCCAGUGGCUUUGUUUUGUUUCUAAGCAUCUUUGGUUGAUUAAUUUGAAUCUCUUUCUGUGUAACCACAGACUAAGAAUGCUUAUUUUCUCCAUUUCCAAGCUGUGAAUCUGAAAAAUCGUUAUUUUCACUUAGAUUCAUCUACUGGAAUCGAUUCAAUGAUAUUUUUUCCCCUAACAACCAAUUUUUUUUAAUGCUCUUUCUAGAAGCUUUCAGUGGCCUUCUGUUGUGAAGUCAUUACCUCAUUUUCACUGAUGGGGGGGAGGAAAAUCUGCUUUUAAAGGAGGAGGGCUAUCCCUAAACUGAUCUAAUUUGAUUGGCAGAAAUUAUUACAAUAAAAAGUGGUUUCAUGGAAUGAGAACUUGUAAUUGGAUCUUAUCAAUUGAAUCCAAAUGUGUUGGAAUGCUCUUUAGUUAAAUUAAAUUUCAAUUUUCUCCAUUUUCUUGAUUCUCUUAAGUGCUUUCCCCCUAAAACUUUAUAAAAUAUAGCUUUGUAUUGCUCUUAAUAGUGUAAAUAUAUUAAUGUCUUGGAGAUGUAAGCAUUUUGUAUAGUAUUUUUUAUGGAAGCUUUCAAUAAAAGCAAUUUGGGUAUAA